AUGGAAAACUCUUCUUCGCUGCCCACCGCCGGCCCCUGCCCGUGGCCAUCUAUGACGCCAGAGGAGUGGGAACAGCUUUAUCGCGAGCUAGCAAUGCCCCUUGAAGAAGCCCUUAAAAUGAUCGCGAAUAUGGGCAGACAGUCCAACGAAGGGCUUUUGGUCGAGAAUGAUCGGGCAGAUCUAUCAAUUUCCGACGAGCAGAUCAUGGUCCGAGCUGAGAAUAGCCACGACACCGCCCACAGCAACGACAACAACGCAGGCAGCAAGAAGUUCGCGUGCGAUGAGCCGAAAUGCCGGUAUUCGGCCGACUGGAUGUUUAACUUGAACAGGCACAAAAGGAGACACUUGCCAAAAGAGGCCAAAGAAACAUUCAAAGUCCCUUGCACCUGGGAAGGUUGCGAGCUCACUUUUUACCAGCAAUCCGACAUGGAAGGCCAUAUCGAAAAAGUUCAUAGGAAGCUGGAACCGGAGGGCCCCAUCCGCCGCCAAGCUUCCACUCCCAACAACGCACGAAUGGCAAAUUGCCCCAAGACCUACCAGUCACAUGGCCAUUUUCUACGCCACCUAAGAGAAAAGCACAACAUUACGGUGUAA